UGCUUUGCUCAUGCUCUAGCAUUCACGUAUUCCCUGAAUGCAUGUUCCAGUUGCCAAACUCUGCCAAAGAAGCCGUGCGUGGUGGAACUUUGGGCCAGUGGUCCUGCAGUCUUGGCUACAGCACCGUGCUGGUGUAAGGCAGCCAAUGGUAACAUGGUCAGAUAUUCCUUAAGAUAGAUUGGGAGCAUCGAUUUGCAUGGCCGUUUCUUUGGACUCCGAAGCGGAAAGGUAGGCAAACUCCGGGGUUUCCGGCGCACAUGGCGAGCCUGAAGUUGACCCUGGUCGGCCUGGAUGGCCGAGAGCUGGCCUUGACAGUUUCAGAUCAGAUCUUGGGCAGUGAACUCGUGGGGCUCGUGAGGCGCCAGCUGCCUCCGAAGCCCGGCUGCUGGCUCCGGCUGAGCUUUAGUGGUGUCGAGCUGGCGCAUGACAGAGCUUUGUGUGAGCAGGGUAUAGGUCACUCAAUCGGCAUGUUCACCUACACUCAAGCCUGCCUGGUGAAGGCGUGGAAUGUGCUGAGAGGGCAGCACGAUGAGGACUGCGAGCAUGCACUGGAAGGCAUCUCAAGCCUGGUGUGGGACUCGACAAAAGCACUGCCGCUGAGAAUACUUCCCUCCACACUGCAGUGCCUGACCUUGGGCGAUACGUUCUACCAGCCUAUUCAGGGAGUGACUUUGCCCAUGAGUCUGCAGAGCCUGACUUUUGGAACACGCUUUGACCAAAACUUGCAGGGAGUGACUUUGCCGCAGAACCUGCGGAGCCUGACUUUGGGCAAUGCGUUCAACCAAAGUUUGCAGGAAGUAGCUCUGCCAGGCAGCCUGCAGAGCCUGACUGUUGGCCAUGGGUUCAACCAAAGCCUGCAAGGAGUGACUCUGCCAGUCGGCCUGCAGAGCCUGACUCUGGGUGAUAAGUUUGACCAACCCUUGCAAGGAGUGGCUUUUCCGAGCUUGAAGCAUCUCAAAUUCGGUCACGGUUUCAGCGCAAGCUUGCAGGGAGUGGCUUUGCCAGAUUGCCUGGAGAGCUUGACUUUCGGCCAGGACUUUGACCAACCCUUGGAAAUGACUUUGCCCGGGCUGCAAAGCCUGACUUUCGGCGAAAGAUUCAACCAAAGCUUGACUUUGCCAGGCGGUUUGCAGAGCCUGGCCUUCGGGUUUGACUUUGACCAACUGGAGGUGACUUUACCAAGCAGCCUGCGGAGCCUGACUUUAGGCCGUGAUUUUUACCCCAGCCUGCAGCGAGUGACGUUGCCGGAGAGCUUGCAAAGGCUGAGCUUUGGUACUUAUUUCAACCAAAGCUUAGAGGGAGUGACUCUGCCGCGAGGGCUGCAGAGCCUGACCUUCGGAGAGCGCUUUGACCAAAGUUUGCAAGGCACGACUUUGCCGGGCUGCCUGCAGAGCCUGAUGUUCGGUGCUGCCUUUAACCAAGACCUGCGGGGCGUGACAUGGCCAAGCAGCUUGCAGGUGCUGACAUUCGGCCUUGGAUUCACAAAAUGCUUGCAGGGCGUGAGUUUUCCAGAAAGCCUGGAGAGUUUGACCUUUGGCCACUAUUUUGAUCAGCCCUUGCAAGGACUGGCGUUGCCAGGUGGCUUACAAAGCCUGACUUUCGGCUCUCAUUUUAACCAGGGCCUGCAAGGUGCAACGUUGCCAGGCAGCCUCCGAAGCCUGACUUUCGGCGUUGGAUUCAACCAAAGUUUGCAGGGAGUUUCUUUGCCAGACUGUCUGCAGAGCCUCACUUUUGGCUUCGAAUUUAACCAGAGCUUGCAGGGAGUGACUUUGCCAGAAAGGCUACAGAGUCUGGCUUUUGGUCAUCGUUUUACUCACAGCUUGCAGGGUGUUUACUUGCCGGACAGCCUGCAGAGCCUGACUUUGGGCGAUAGAUUCAAUCAACCUUUGCAGGGAGUGAAUCUGCCGAACAGCCUGGAGAGCCUGACUUUGGGCGAUAGAUUCAAUCAAGCUUUGCAGGGAGUCAACUUGCCAGGCUCCUUGGAAAGUCUGUCUAUUGGGAAUGCAUUUGACGAAUCCUUGCAGGGGCUGACGUUUCCAGGCAGACUUCGCAGCCUCAAUUUCGGCGAAAGCUUCAACCAAAGCUUACAGGGAGUGGCUUUUCCAGGCAGCCUGCAGAAGCUAGCCUUUGGCCUUCAUUUCAAGCAAUGGCUGCAGGGUGUGUGCUUGCCGAGUUUGCAGAGCCUGACCUUCGGCCAGGAUUUCAACCAAGGCCUCGAACCUGAAUUGGCUGACGGGCUUCGUUCAUUGCAGGCUGGCGGCAUCGCCAUUGAUUGCUCAUGAUCAACCGCAUGGCUGGUUGGCUUUGGUGUGCCUGGAUUGCUCGACUUCCGCUCACCAGAUUUUCAUGGUUCGCUUGUAGGACUGGCCCGGCGAUUCUGCACGCUGCCACGCGUGUCACUAUGGUUUCCGUCGACACGCCGGAGCCAACAUCAACGUUUGGGAUAAGGUUGGUAGGGGACAGCCCCCAAAAAUAAAAAGGUGCGG